GGUGGACUUCGCCCCAUGCUUCACCUGGGCACAUUGAUAAUCCGCGUCCAGUCCCCGGACGGGGUGAAGCGGAUCACAGCGACGAAGAGGGAGACGGCGGCCGCGUUUCUGAAGAAGGUCGCAAAGGAGUUUGGCUUCCAGAAUAAUGGCUUCUCAGUUUACAUCAAUAGAAACAAGACCGGAGAGAUAACAGCAUCAUCCAACAAGUCCCUCAACCUGCUGAAGAUCAAGCAUGGCGAUUUGUUGUUCCUGUUUCCCUCGAGCCUGGCCGGACCCUCGUCGGAAAUGGAGACGUCCGCCACUGUGGCGUUGAAGGCUCUUGGGGCUCCCAACGUGGUGGAAGACGAGAUCGACCAGUACCUGAGCCGGCAGGACGGGAAGAUCUACCGGAGCCGCGACCCGCAGCUGUGCCGCCACGGGCCGCUGGGGAAGUGUGUGCACUGUGUUCCUCUGGAGCCAUUCGACGAGGACUACCUGAACCACCUCGAGCCACCCGUGAAGCACAUGUCCUUCCACGCCUACAUCCGGAAGCUGACCGGGGGCGCUGACAAGGGGAAGUUUGUUGCCCUGGAGAACAUCAGCUGCAAGAUUAAAUCGGGGUGUGAGGGACACCUCCCGUGGCCCAACGGGAUCUGCACCAAGUGCCAGCCCAGCGCCAUCACGCUCAACAGACAGAAAUACAGACAUGUGGACAAUAUCAUGUUUGAGAAUCACACGGUUGCUGACCGCUUCCUGGACUUCUGGAGGAAGACGGGGAACCAGCACUUCGGGUACUUGUACGGGCGGUACACGGAGCACAAGGACAUUCCCCUGGGCAUCCGGGCCGAGGUGGCUGCCAUUUACGAGCCUCCUCAGAUUGGGACACAGAACAGCUUGGAGCUUCUUGAAGACCCAAAAGCCGAGGUGGUGGACGAAAUCGCUGCCAAACUCGGCCUGAGGAAGGUCGGCUGGAUAUUCACAGACCUCGUCUCCGAAGACACCCGCAAGGGCACCGUCCGAUACAGUCGGAACAAGGACACCUACUUCCUGAGCGCAGAGGAGUGCAUCACCGCGGGGGACUUCCAGAACAAGCACCCCAACAUGUGCCGGCUCUCCCCGGACGGGCACUUUGGGUCCAAGUUCGUUACUGCCGUGGCCACAGGUGGUCCGGACAACCAGGUCCACUUUGAAGGGUACCAGGUGUCCAACCAGUGCAUGGCGCUGGUGCGGGACGACUGCCUGCUGCCCUGCAAGGACGCGCCCGAGCUCGGCUACGUCAAGGAGUCCAGCAGUGAGCAGUACGUGCCUGAUGUGUUUUAUAAGGACAUAGACAAGUUUGGCAACGAGAUCACCCAGCUGGCCCGCCCGCUGCCCGUGGAGUAUCUGAUCAUAGAUAUCACGACAACUUUCCCCAAGGAUCCAGUUUACACUUUUUCUAUUUCACAAAACCCGUUUCCUAUAGAAAACCGGGACGUGUUGGGGGAAACACAGGACUUCCACAGUUUGGCCACCUACCUGUCGCAGAAUACCUCCGCCAUGUUCUUGGACACCAUCUCGGAUUUCCACCUCCUGCUCUUCCUGGUCACCAACGAAGUCAUGCCUCUGCAGGACAGCAUCAGCUUGCUGCUGGAGGCCGUGCGGACCCGGAACGAGGAGCUCGCCCAGACCUGGAAGAAGUCGGAGCAGUGGGCUACCAUUGAGCAGCUCUGCAGCACUGUUGGGGUGCAGCUUCCGGGCCUCCAGGAGUACGGAGCCGUCGGGGGCUCCUCGCAUGCCGCUGCGGCCGCCAUGUGGGCCUGUGAGCACUGCACCUUCAUGAACCAGCCGGGCACCGGCCACUGCGAGAUGUGCAGCCUCCCCCGGACCUAGGGCUUCGGCCCUGCUGGCAGGACUGGGCCCCUGCCCGCUCUGAAGCUGGACGUGGAGACGGCCACUCUUCAUGGAGGGCGGGGGGCUGCCCCAGGGUCUCCCCCACGAAGCCUCUCGGCACCAGCUUUCCUGGAAGAUGGAGCCCCUCCCAGCAGAGGGGCAGGUGCCGCGGACGCCUCUCGGUGGGAGGACUGGCGCCCCGACAGCGCCGCCUGCAGGGGAGGGCGUGCUUGCUGCCAGCCUCCCCCGUCCUCUGGACGCUGUUUGCUCUUGCCCCCCCCCCGCCCUGGCUGGGCUCUUGCUGGCCUCUGUCAGCCUGUUCUCUGGGCAGACCCUGCUGUGGGGGCCACUUCUCCCCCACCCGGGAGCCAUUGUCUGGUGGAAACGCAAGUGGCCACGGGCUCGCGGCCUCCCUUCUGCUUGGUCCGCAGGUCACUUUGCUGCCCACCCCUUCUCCCGCUCUCACCCGACCUCCAGGUGGGAUUUAAAGUUGGCAUUGGUCGUAAUAACAGUUAUCAGUAAUUCCUGCCCAGAAGACUUUUAUUUAUUUUUUUAAAGAUAAAAACUGCAUAAAAGGGGAGUGAGAGAGACUAGUUUCCACUUCCUUCCCUCCAGGGAGUCCCUGUGGGAGUGUGCAGGGUGGUGAGUGCAGAAGGGGACCGACCCACCGUCGGUUCUCCUUGGAAGUGAACCUCAGUGCCUGAGACUUGUGCUGGGUGCCCGGCUGCGGCAGCAGAGGCCCGGCCCUCUGAGCAGGGCACAGCUGGGCAUCAGUGAGACAGCUGACCAGGUGGCCCAGGACUGGAAGCUCUGGUCCCUUUGCCCCCAUACAGUUCCUUCCUGGGCCCUCGCCCGGCUCUGGCCUCUGACACAGUGAUGUGGCCAUUGAGACAGGCCUGGGGGAGGGAGGGGCCUGGCCUGUUGUGAAACCACGUGGGUCGGCGGCCAAGGGCACUGGAAGGCUGCCAGUGGUGCAAGGUCUGGCCAUCCCACGUGUGCUCUGGGGUCCCCGCACAUCCUCUGGCUGGGCUGUGGCCGGGCCCUGCCCAGGAUCCUGCGGGCACUGAUGCCUCUUUGCCUUAAUAAGAGCUGCUGACUCUGAGCUGCUCUGCACCCACUGGGGAGGCCAGCCCAGGCACAGCUGCUUAGGAACCCCACAUCUGCCCUGGGGGGCUGGCCUGGGGGCCCUCCCCACCUCCCAGUGCAAGGAAGGCGCUUGAUGUUGGCUGCAGUGGGAACAGCCCUGUCUGGCACCUCCAGGUGCACCGCACAGACUCGUCUGCUCGUCGGCGGGGGCUGAUCAGGGGUCCGGCCGGGGCAGAGGGCUGGUCUGGGGGCAGGAGGGGCAGAGUAGCCGCCCAGAGCACAGCCACCUGCACAGACCGUCGGUCGCCCUCCCAGCAGCCCUGGCCUGUGGUCCCUGCGGCCAGAUGGAGGCUGCAGGUGGACCUCGCCGCCCAGGGCCUGCGCCUGCCCAGCUAGCUUCUCACCAGCAUCCUCACUCAGCCUGGCAUCGGAAUCCACUUGUUCUGUGUCUUUUAGCGAAAGAAAAAGCGUGAUUCUCUG